AUGGUCAAUUUUGUCUAUCCGGAAGAGCUUACUUAUUUUGUUGAAAGCAUACGUCCGUUUCAUAUAAUCGAUAUUGGUUCGCCAAAAUGGUUCGAUGUCCAUGAAAUGAUUAUAAAAUUAAGUCAACAAGCUACUUUGGAAGCUGUGGAGCAUCGUGAAGAGGAGGUUAAAGAAAUGUUAAUUACUACGGAUAAAUUGAAAAUAUUGAUACACGAAGCGUUUUGCGUCUUUUUGUGGAAGACUCGAGUGCUACCCCAUUUGCUCGACAUUGAUCCCAAUCCGGAGGCGACUUUUGUUAUAUAUACGGUUCUGUACCAUGAAGGAGCAGUAAUGUCUUUAUUGGACGUAGCAUUAUAUCAUGAGAGUGGUUGCCAAGCCUUACAAGAUUCUGCUUUAGAUUUGGUAGAUUAUUGUGCUCAAGCAGUAGCACAGGUGAUUGGUCUGGUAAGCAUGGGGCAUCAUGAAAAUGAAACCAAUUUAGACGUAGAUGCAUCAAUACUCUCCGAGCUCGAGAGGCAAAAGAGGGAUCUCAUCUAUAAAAUUGGUUUGCGGUGCAUUUCAAUAUUAAACUAUUUAGCUGAUAACGUGAAUGCUUUGCCAUUGAAUGCGAGCCGACGAUUGGUAGUAACACAUGAUGUCCCUUGGCUAAUGGCUGAUUUACUCAACUUUCGACCGUGGCAGAGACGAACCAAGAAGGGAUUAGAGAAAUAUAUUGACGAUAAAUGGAUUGUUGUCAAGGGAGAGGAGGCAAGUAAAGUUAUUAAGCAUGAGGCGCAGGCUUGGUUUUGCAUGCGUCAAAUACUAUUCAAUAACAAACUAAUGCAGAAUUAUGAAAUCAACGAAGAAAGACGUAAACGCCUAGCCGCGUGUCAAUGCCUUCUCCACGAAUGUCUGUUGGAUCAAUUACCUCCGCUUAUUGAGCUUAAACAAUUGCUAUGCAAUUUAUCAUUGUCAAGUGGCAGUGGCGGCAGUGCCAGAAACAAUUUGUUCUUAGAAGAAGUACCUGAAAUUCGGGAACGGCUUAUAGGCGAGACUGAAAAAUCCGGUGGAUUUAUAGAAAUUGCUAAGCAACAAGAAAAUAUAUUUUUGUGUAAAGAUAAACAGAAAAUUUCUGAUAUCGCUCAACGUUUAAAUGCAGCCUACAACACGGAUUUACUGGCCGAAUUAGAGCAGAAAGUCGAGGAAACUGAAAAAGAAUCUGCCGUCGAUCACGAUGACGGAGACAAAAGUGAUGGAGUUAAAAAUCAUAAAUGUGGCAAUUGUUUAGCUGAUGCUGAAAAGAAAUGCUCUCAAUGCAAAUCCAUUUAUUACUGCUCCAGGAAAUGUCAAUUGGAUGAUUGGCCGAAUCAUAAAAGGAAUUGUGUAAAAGUUUAAAAAACUUGGACUGGUCCAAUUUCAAGAACUAUUUUGGUAAAAACGGCAUAACAAACUAACUCGAUAUAUGCCAAACUUCACGCUUUCGUUUAAAUGAUUAUUAAAUUUUUUGAGUGACUUGUUCCAUAAAAAUUCGAGAACCUGUUGAUUAUAAUAGGGUCUUGUAAUUUAAGAAGUUUCAAUCCAAAUUUGCACUGCACUU